AUGUCGCUCGAUAUGUAUACCGUUGGUGACUUUAUGCAACAUAUGGAUUAUUUUGAUAAAGCACAGGCUUUUGAAGGUUUAUUACGAGUGAAGGAGUUUACAAGCCUUAUUGUUGAUGUCUACACAUCCUUUUCUGCCGAAUCGAAAAGCAUAGCUCAAGAACUAGCUAAAGAACUCCUUCGCAAGCCCAACCAAACCAAAAAGAAGCAAUCGAAGGGCCGUGCAUUAACAACAAUUAUCAGAAUUCAAGAUAUCACUUUGCCAGCUAGCAUACAAUCUCAGUAUGAGAUAUGGAAGAGAGAUCCCGUACAAUUCUGGCGAUCUAUUCAGAAUUCAGAUUCUCAGCAAUCAACUGAGGUUAUUGCUAUUGAAGCAUAUCUUACAAUGCAGCAUCUUCGUUCACGACAAGAACACGAUGUUAUUCUUUGGAGAUUUUAUGUUGCUUUCUUCUAUCAACUUGCAUUGCUGAUAGGACAUGGGCAAAAAAUGAUGACGAAUAAUUUACAUAAUAUUCUUUAUGAACGAUUGAGCAAAGUAUUCACACAAUCUGAAAAGAUUACUGACAAAGUGGCUACUAUUCAAGCAAACUUACAUUAUUGGGUUGGCACUGGAUUCAUAUAUAAUAAAAUAUGUUCAGCUCUUGAUAAAGGCGCUUUAUUUUUAAUUCCGCAGGUACCAGACCAAAUAUGGGAGGACUCAAAGUCGUUAAAAGGCACAGAUUUUGAUGAAGCUAUGGCUCAUCUCAAAUCCUUAGGCAUUAUGGAACUAUCCAAACAGCUUGGGGCAGAUGUUUUGGCCAGUCAGAUUCUAGAUUCCGUGCUCGAGCCAUUCCGAUGGGAAGUUAUUGACACCACAGCUAUCGCUGCCAGUCUAAAUAUCAAGCCAAAGCCCUUUUCUGGUGGUCCAUCCGCUAGGGGUCCCCCUGCUUGGGGCUCAUCCGCUGGUGAUCCGUCUAUUGGGGGCUCGUCCGUUAAGGAUUCAUCUACUAUGGGUUCAUUCGUUAUCCAAUUUGCUGGGAGUUCAUCCACUGGGGGUUCAUCCGCCUCAAGACCUAUUGGUGCCAGCCCAUUCAUCGAAGCAAGUCCUUCUGGUAUCAAGCCCGUUUCAAUAUCCUCGAUUUUAAACCCAUCACAAGCGGCGCGGUCUUAUAAUAAGGCAGAAAGUUCAGAUACACUAGUAAAGCUGGAAACUGAAAACAAGAAAGAUGGCAUAGAUUCACCAUUGAAGCUGUACAACACCGGUGGGAAACGGAAACGUGUUGAUUCGGUAACAGCUUCUGAUUCAGAAAUGGGUUGGAUAUCAAAAAUGAGCAUCUCUGACCGUCGAAUCCUCGAGACUUGCCCGAUGAACAGGAAUAAAAUCGAAAGUUUUUUUGGAAAGCGCCUUGUCGAUGGUAUGAUGGAAAGCCGGAAGAGGAUUCGAGAUCAUAACUACCAAUUGACCAAUGCUAUUCGGGUGAUUGCUCCGUUCACGGACAUCACUCAGGAUUUCAUAUACCAAAUAUGGGUAUGCUCAUCCCUUGGAAAGAGUAUUUCAGAGAUCAAUAUGGGAGGAGGCGACUUGAGAGAGGUAUUCCCUGACAUAAUUUUGAACGGUCUCGAAACGAGCCUUUGUAAACAAGAAGAGGCAAGACAGAAAGAACCCGGAGGUCCUCAUUGUUUCAAGAUAUUUCCUAUCAGCAAUGAUGAUGACGAUGAUGAUGAUGAUUAUGGGAUUGAAAUAAGAUUGGGUUUCAUGGUUGGUAAAUUCAUUAUGUGGAGUUUAUAUAGGUCCUCUUAA